UAUAAAUGAUGAUAAUUAUGAAGGUUCAAAGCAGGGCAAAAGUUCUAGCUCUCUCUCUCUCUCUCUCUCUCUCUCUCUCUCUCUCUCUCUCUCUCUCUCUCUCUCUCUCUCUCUCUCUCUCUCUCUCUCUCUAUAUAUAUAUAUAUAUAUUAUAGCAGUAGUUUGUAUAUAUAUAUGUACAUAUAUUCGGCCUCUGAGCUCGAGUUAGUUUCCAUAUCUCUUUAUCUUAUAUAUAUCUCACUCAAACCACCCUCUUUUGCAUGCUUUUUUUUUUAACAUAUUAUUAUCUCUCCUUUUUUUACAUAUUUAGUGUUAAGCUAGCUGGGUGGAACUGCAUUUGGAAUAGAAUGGGGUUUGAGGUGGCUACAAUUCGAAGCUAUGAAGAGCAAUCCGAUAGAGCUCAAGUGGAAGAUCUCGAGCGAAGAUGUGGGGUAGGGCCAGCAGAUGAACGAUUGUUUCUCUUGACAGAUACCAUGGGUGACCCCAUAUGCAGAAUUCGAAACAGUCCGACGUACAAGAUGCUGGUAGCGAUGUUGGACAAGGAAUUGGUCGGUGUCAUUCAAGGUUCUAUUAAGGUUGUCACAGUUGAAAGGCCUCCUCCAAAGGAUCUAGCCCGGGUAGGCUACAUCUUAGGCCUAAGGGUUGCACCCCUCCAUCGACAAAAAGGGAUUGGCUCGAGUCUGGUGCGCCGGCUCGAGGAAUGGUUCGUUGCCAACGAUGUGGAUUAUGCAUACAUGGCCACUGACAAAGAUAACGUGGCCUCGGUUGAGCUCUUCGUCAACAAGUUUGGCUAUAUCAAGUUCAGGACUCCGGCUAUACUCGUUAACCCGGUUCACAAUCAGCCAUUUCGUAUUUCGUCUAACGUUGCGAUAGAGAAGCUCAAGAUAGAAGAAGCUGAAUUUCUGUACAGAAGAUUCAUGGCGUCCGUAGAGUUCUUCCCCCAUGACAUAGACCACGUGCUAAAGAACAAGCUAACUAUGGGGACAUGGGUGGCUUAUCCAAGAGGUGAGUGUUUUGGUUCUAAUGGCCAGGUUCCGAGUAGUUGGGCCAUGCUUAGCGUAUGGAACAGCGGGGAGCUAUUCAAGCUAAGGCUAGGGAAAGCACCCUUAUCCUGCUUAAUAUACACAAAAAGCUCGAGUUUGAUGGAUAAGUUUUUCCCGUGCUUCAAACUGCCUUUCCUGCCGGAUUUCUUCCAUCCAUUUGGGUUCUACUUCAUGUAUGGGGUGCACCGGGAGGGUCCAAUGUCUGGAAAGCUGGUGAGGACUUUGUGCAAAUUCGUACACAACAUGGCUACAAAGUGUAAGGACUGUAAGGUUAUCGUAACAGAAGUUGCUGGUAACGACACGCUGAGACAUCACAUCCCACACUGGAAAUUGCUCUCGUGCCUGGAAGAUCUGUGGUGCAUGAAGGCCAUGAAAUUUGAAGAGAAAAACAGCCUCCAUGAAUUGACAAAAAGCCCACCAGCAAGACUUUUUGUAGACCCCAGAGAAGUAUGACGAACCAAAAAAAUAUUCCGACCUUUCUUUUCUUUGCCUAGGAGCCAAACCCCACCUCAUUUACUGUUUGAUAAGUCCAAUCCAUCUCUCCUGGGGUACUGGGGGUUUUCCUCUUGUUCCUUUCACAUCGGUGACACAAAAUCACACAAGAUUUCCUUAAAUAGGUGCCAGUACCCCUUUGUUGUCCUUGUUCGCAACUGGACUUUGCGCCUCAUGAAUCAGACUAGUCAAUAAGGCGCAGUGGUCCAACUUUGUCUCCAUCCUAUCGGGUAAAAGUUUUAGUUGGACCAUCCCCUCUCUUUUGUCGAGUCCCUUCUCACCAUCCAUCUCCCUAACAUGCCAUAACAGAAUGCUGACAAUUGAGAUUAAUUCCAUUCAAAUCAAAGGAUCGAGAACAUGAUGAUCAUCAUAUAUAUGUAUGAACACAAGUGGGUUUCUAUCGGGAAUUAGACCACUAAAUGUAAUAUUCCUACAAAGAAGGAUAGCAUAAUUGGAAGAACUUAAUUUUGGACC